AUGCGGCUCUUACAGUACGGCGAAAGCGGAGAACUCAGCAUCCACAGCUUCGACGAUGGCGACAUACCCCCCUACGCGAUACUCUCACAUACCUGGGGAGCAGAUGGCGAUGAGGUGACCUUCGCGGACCUCCAGACAGGUGGCGGCAGGAGGAAGCUAGGCUACAAGAAGAUCCUCUUCUGCGGAAAACAAGCACGACAUGACGGUCUGCAGUACUUCUGGAUCGACACAUGCUGCAUUAACAAGAAUGAUAAGGCUGAGCUCACCUUUGCUAUCCGGUCAAUGUUCCGCUGGUACCGCAGCGCAGUUAGGUGCUAUGUCUACCUGUCAGAUGUGUCAAAGAGGAAGAUGAAAGCCUGCGACAGAGCUACUGAGCCUAGCUGGGAGCCUGCUUUCAGGCUAAGUCGGUGGUUUACGCGUGGCUGGACGCUUCAAGAGCUUCUUGCUCCAGCCACGGUCGAGUUCUUCUCGCAAGAAGGAGAGAGCCUUGGCAGCAAGACAUCGCUGCAGACGAUGAUCCGCGAGAUAACUAGCAUUCCGCUUGAAGUGCUUAACGGGGCCCCACUUUCUCAGACCGACGUCAACGAGCGGUGGAGGUGGGCAGAGGGCCGGAUGACUGGGCGCGUCGAGGACAGAGCAUACUGCCUGCAAGGAAUCCUCGAUGUUGAGCUAGCGCCGGUAUAUGGUGAGGGCGAGGCUGGCGCUUUUGACCGUUUAAAGCGCGAGACGUACAAGCUGGAACAAUGCAUCCAAGACAUACGCCAAACAGACCCGCGCGACGACAAGAAGCGCAUCGAGGAGACAAAAGGUGGACUGCUAGCAGACUCCUAUCGCUGGAUAUUUAACAACACCACAUUCAUGCAGUGGCAUGACGACCAAAACAGCCGACUGCUCUGGGUGAAAGGCGAUCCUGGUAAAGGAAAGACAAUGCUGCUGUGUGGUAUUAUUGACGAACUGCACAGUUCUAUACCUCAGACUACCCUUCUAUCGUACUUCUUCUGCCAAGCGACUGACUCGCGCAUUAAUAGUGCCAUAGCUGUGCUUCGAGGCUUGCUGUACAUGCUCGUGCGCCAGCAGCCAUCGCUUAUGUCGCACGUCCGCAAGAAGCACGACCACGCAGGCAAAAGCUUGUUCGAGGACGCGAAUGCCUGGGUCGCCCUAACAGAGAUCUUCGCCGACGUACUGCAAGAUGCAGGCCUAGGCACAACGUACCUAAUUGUUGACGCGCUCGACGAAUGCGCGACAGACUUACCGAGAUUGCUUAGCUUUAUCGCGAAGCAGUCGUCUGCGUCCUCUCGUGUCAAGUGGAUCGUGUCUAGUCGCAACUGGCCAGAUAUUGAGGAAGAACUGGAGCGUGCUGAGCACGAAAUGAGGCUCAGCCUUGAGUUAAAUGCCGAGUCGGUGGCUGCAGCAGUAGAAGUGUUUAUCCAGCAGAAGGUGUGUCGUCUAGCCCAAGAGAAGCGCUACACGCUAGAGGUGCAAAACGCGGUGCUCCAGCACUUGACGUCGAACGCGAACGACACCUUCCUCUGGGUUGCGUUGGUGUGCCAAGACCUCAAAGCAACGCCGAAGUGGGACGUGCGAGAGAAGCUAGCCCAGUUCCCGCCUGGUUUAGACUCACUUUAUAGGCAGAUGCUAGACCAGAUACGCAAGUCUAGCAGCGCUCGAAGAUGUCUGCGGGUGCUGGCAGUAACUGCUGUCCUAUAUCGACCAGUCACAGUCGCUGAGCUAGUUGUACUUACUGAACAGCUUGCAGACCUUGUUGAUGACCUAGAGUCUGUGCGGAAGAUCAUCGGCCUCUGCGGAUCGUUUCUCACACUGCGCGACGACACGGUGUACUUUGUGCAUCAGUCCGCUAAGGACUUCCUCGUCACAAAAGCGUUGAACGAGGUCUUUCAAGAUAGUAUAGAAUGUGUGCAUCAAAACAUCUUCGCGAAAUCACUUGCACUUCUGCACGAGACACUGCGCAGAGAUAUAUACAAUCUUCAAGCGCCUGGAUAUGCCAUAGAAGACGUCAAGCCACUUCUUCCCGAUCCUCUAGCCGUGUCCCGCUACCCAUGUUUGUACUGGAUUGACCACUUCUACGACUCAAAACACAAAACACCAACAUAUAGUGCUAUGAAUCAAGAAGAGGCUAGGGCUAUAGACACAUUCUUUAGACAGAGAUAUGUCUACUGGCUAGAAGCGCUCAGCUUGUGCGGAAGCAUGGCCAAAGGGGUGGUCUCAAUGACAAAGCUGUGGGAAUUAGUCCAGGGGCUUGGAGACAUAGACGUAUUAAAUAAGAUUGUGUACGACGCACGACGAUUCAUCAGGUACCACAAAGAAGCAAUUGAAAACUUUCCUUUACAAGCGUACGCAUCUGCUCUGCUCUUCAGCCCAGCAGACAGCUUGAUAAGAAGGCUGUUCCAGCACGAAGAGCCAAGGGGAGUAGUGGUCAAGCCAGCUAUGAGCAACGGCUGGAGUGCGUGCCUGCAGACGCUUGAGGGCCAUAGCAGUGAUGUUACCUCGGUAGCUUUCUCGCACGACUCGACCAAGGUAGCAUCAGCGUCAGAUGACAGGACUGUCAAAAUAUGGGAUGCGAACAGCGGGACGUGUCUGCACACGCUCGAGGGCCAUAGGGAUCAUGUUAGCUCAGUAGCUUUCUCGCACGAUUCUACUCGGCUAGCGUCAGCAUCUUGGGACAGCACUAUCAAGAUAUGGGACACACGUAUCAGGAUAUGCCUACACACGCUUGAGGGCCAUGGCCUUUAUGUUAUGUCAGUGACAUUCUCGCACAACUCGACCUGGCUAGCGUCAGCAUCUUGGGACUUGACUGUCAAAAUAUGGGAUGCGAGCAGCGGGACGUGUCUGCACACGCUCGAGGGCCAUAGGGAUCAUGUUAGCUCAGUAGCUUUCUCGCACGACUCGACCCAGCUAGCGUCAGCAUCACAUGACAGCACUGUCAAGAUAUGGGAUGCGAGCAGCGGGAUGUGCCUGCACACGCUCGAGGGCCACAGCAUGGAGGUUGGCUCGGUGGCCUUCUCGCACGACUCGACCCAGCUAGCGUCAGCAUCAAGCGAUAGGACUGCCAAUAUAUGGGAUGCGAGUAGCGGGACGUGUCUGCACACGCUUGGGGGCCAUAGUAGUUAUGUUAGCUCAGUGACCUUCUCGCACGACUCGACCCAGCUAGCGUCAGCAUCAAGCGACAGCACUAUCAAGAUAUGGGAUGCGAGCACUGGGACCUAUCUGCACACGCUCAAGGGCCAUAGUAGUGGUGUUAGGUCAGUGGCCUUCUCGCACGACUCGACCCAGCUAGCGUCAGCAUCUUGGGACUUGACUGUCAAGAUAUGGGAUGCGAGCAGUGGGACGUAUCUGCAUACGCUCGAGGGCCAUAGUGAUGUUGUUAGGUCGGUGGCCUUCUCGCAUGAUUCGACCUGGCUAGCAUCAGCGUCAGAAGACAGCACUAUCAAGAUAUGGGAUGCGAGCAGUGGGGCCUAUCUGCACACGCUUAAGGGCCAUAAUAGGGAGGUUAGCUCGGUGGCCUUUUCACACCACUCGAUCUGGCUAGUAUCAGCGUCUCGGGACAGUACUGUCAAAAUAUGGGAUAUAAGCAGCGAGACUUGUCUGCACACGCUCGAGGGCCAUAGGGAUCAUGUUAGCUCAGUAGCUUUCUCGCACGACUCGACCAGGCUAGCGUCAGCAUCUUGGGACUUGACUGUCAAGAUAUGGGAUGCGAGCAGCGAGAUGUGCUUACACACGCUCGAGGGUCAUAGUAAAUGGGUUCAGUCCGUGGCCUUCUCGCACGACUCGACCCGGCUAGCGUCAGCAUCUUGGGACUUGACUGUCAAGAUAUGGGAUGCGAGCAGUGGGACGUGUCUACAUACCCUUGACGUCGGCACACCUCUUUCGCUCUUGUCUUUCGAUUCUACUAGUACUUUGCUCCACACAGAAAUAGGCACUAUUGCUAUCUCUAGUUCCCAGGUCACGGACCGCAUCGACGUUACAGCAUCAAAACUACAGUACCAGAGUGCUGGUAUAAGUUCAGAUCACAACUGGGUCAUGUGCGCUGGUAGCAACGUACUAUGGAUACCGUCCGAGUAUCGGCCAUCAAGCUCAGCUGUGAGUGCGACUCUAGUAGGCAUGGGAGUAGGAUCAGGAAGGGUCUGGCUUUGUCAGGUGACUUAG